GGUCGGCGCCUUACUUUUCAUAUUAGUGCUAAUUCCUGUCAACGACAAAGCCAAAUACGGUCGCUUAUUGGCCAGGUAUAUAUGUAAAAGCGCUACCGCCUAUUUUCCUAUUACUCUACAUGUCCAAGAUAUACAUGCCUUUGAUCCCAAUCGUGCUUAUGUUCUUGGUUAUGAGCCACAUUCGGUUUUACCUAUUGGUGUUGUUGCAUUGAGCGACCUUACUGGUUUCAUGCCUCUCCAAAAAAUAAAAGUCCUUGCUAGUUCCGCUGUGUUUUAUACACCGUUUUUGAGGCACAUAUGGACAUGGAUGGGUCUAACGCCAGCAACAAAGAAAAAUUUCAUCUCCCUCUUGGCAGCUGGCUAUAGUUGUAUCAUUGUGCCUGGUGGAGUACAAGAGACAUUUCAUAUGGAGCAUAAUUCGGAGACUGUCUUCCUCAAGACAAGACGAGGAUUUGUUCGCUUAGCGAUGGAGAUGGGCACACCCCUGGUCCCAGUUUUCUGCUUUGGUCAGUCGAGCGUCUAUCAUUGGUGGAAGCCUGGUGGGAAGUUGUUCCUCCAAUUUUCUAGAGCGAUCAAGUUCACUCCAAUUGUCUUCUGGGGAGUUUUCGGAUCUCCCCUUCCCUUUAGGCGGCGGAUGCAUGUGGUGGUGGGGAGACCCAUUGAGGUGAAGAAAAAUCCAAACCCAACGAGUGAUGAGGUUCUUGAUGUACACGGUCAGUUUGUUGAAGCACUCCAGGAUAUAUUUGAAAGGUACAAAGCACAGCUUGGCUAUGAUAAUCUGCAGCUGAAAGUUCUUUGAUUAACAUGUUAAUUGGCUCCAGCGUUUAAUCCUCUGCUCACUUUUUGUAUUCAAGAUCUGCAGCAAUUAAAAAAAAUGCCCUUCAUUCUCUUUUA